UCGCUGCUCUCCCCCGCCCAUCCGCGCGACAGUUGUAGCUGCGUCUGGACGCGCGCGCUCGUCCGCGCCGCCGAGAUGCCUGCGGCCCGGCCCCCUCUCCGCCGAGCGCAAUGAGCUGCCCUACCGGCCCUCCCCGCCCCGAAGAGGUCGGCGGCCUGGCGAUGGUGCUGAGCGCGCUGGGUCCCGGAGCCGCGCGGGUCCUGUUCUACCCGACCUUGCUGUACACGCUGGUGCGGGAGUGGCUGCCCGGCUCUCAGCGGCCCUGGUUUAGCCGCGUCGACCGCUCCGUGCUGCUGGGGGCGCUGCCUCUGCGGGGACGCAGCCGCCAGUUGGUAGAGGAGCAGAAUGUCCGAGGAGUGGUCACCAUGAACGAAGAGUAUGAGACUCGCUUCCUGUGUUAUUCCUCUGAGGAAUGGGCAGAAAUGGGUGUAGAACAGUUGCGCCUUAGUACUGUUGAUUUGACUGGCGUCCCAUCAUUGGAAAACCUGCAUAAAGGUGUUGAGUUUGUGAUGAAGCAUCGUGCAUCAGGGAACUCAGUAUAUGUGCACUGCAAAGCUGGCCGCUUUCGCAGUGCCACUAUGGUUGCUGCAUAUUUAAUUCAGCUAGCUGUUGUACCUUCUGGAACUGAAAGGGCAGGGCUGAUUCUGCCUAGUGGAUCGAGUAGGAGAAGCAACCCACCAGUGGAUCCUCCUCCACCCCCUGUUGAAAAUGAACUUACAAUUCUAUUAUGACAUCAGACUAAUUGCCACUGCUUACAUCACUCUAGUGUCAAGAGCAGCCCAUGUUUCUAACUAUGGAAACCUUUCUACAUUGAUUACAGUUAAGGGAGGCAGGCUGAAACACUGAGUAGACUGCUUUGUCAUGUACCUUUAAACUUGAUCGCAGUAUCUCUGAGAAACCUGCACGCUCUUCUUUAUUGAAGCCAAUCCAGGUUUCUAUGGCAGCUGCUGGAUUCUGUGAACAUGGAACCCCAUCUGUAUGGUUGCAGAUUAAAAAAAAAUGUUUAAAGUAUACAAUUUUCAUGGCAUGGGCAUAGCAAGUACAGUAUUCCCUUUCCCCCCAACACAUACCAGGUUUAGCUGGUAUAAACAAGAGCAGGAGCCAUUGCAUGUUAGCAUUCCUAUUCUACAGAAGCAGCAAAAAUAUUUCCUGCCCAAGGCUAUCGACUUAAUGAAUUUGUUAUCUGGUAACCAUAGCCUCAAGAUUAUUAACAGGACCAGACUACAUUCUCUGCUUGCCACAGUUAAACAGUUAGGCCUUCAUUUUGUCCUGCUUAAUUUUUGAUUUAUUUUUUAAAAAAUAUUUUGUCAUAUGUCUCACAAAGAACGACAUUUAAGAAGUGAUGCUGCAACAGACAUGAAUUUUGUUGUCAUUUUAGAAAAGCUAUUCACCAGAACAUUUAGUAUAUUUUUUGGUGACAGUAUUGCGUACAAAGAAACUUUUAACCACGUCACAAAUCCUGACAUGUUUUAAGUUACUGCAUUGCAUUGCAUUGGAAAUAAUUUUAAAUAUUCCGUGCUUUCAGUACAAUGAUGUAAGUCCAGUCAAAUACAGUUCCAUUGCCUGAUUCAAUUAAGUACUCCGCUUCCUGCUCUUCAGGAUAGCAGGCCUUUGCUUCUGUGGGAAAGCUGGUUCUUGGUUAAUCCCAUUACUAGUAAUAAGAUCAGUGGCUGUAGAAACCAGCAGAAGUUAAUAGGGAUUUCAGUUGAAAAAGUGGGUCAGUAGACCAAACAACAGAUAAAUCUUAAACUUUAUUCAGUAUUAAUGCUGGCCAUUAAGCUUGCUUUUUUCUGAGUUUCCUCUAGCUCUGAGUUCUGGCAUUAGCUGUUGCUUAAAGAGAAACUACAUACAUCAUGCGCCAUCCUGGGCUUUUUUGGGAGGAAGGAUGGGAUAUAAAUUGAAUAAAUAAAUAUUUAAGACUAAGCAAUGUAUUGUCUCAGUUUAAAUUUUUAAUAAACUUUGUAAUAUAACUAUCAUGUUACAAAUCAUAACUAAUUAUGACCCUUGUAACUGAGUAUUAAAAACUACCUGGAGUACAUA